AGCCAAGAUCCUCACAAUGGAUGAAUCAACAGAGGUCCGAACAGAUGGCAAUUCUCUGCUGAAGGCUGUCUAUUUGUGUCGUCUGCGUCUUACCCGUCUUCUCCUGGAGGGUGGGGCCUACAUAAAUGAGAGUAACGAACAAGGCGAGACGCCACUCAUGGUGGCCUGCAAGACACGCCACAUAGAUUCACAGAGUGUACCCAAACAGAAGAUGGUUCGGUAUCUUCUGGAAAAUAGCGCUGAUCCAAACAUCCAAGAUAAGACAGGAAAAACGGCUUUGAUGCAUGCAUGCCUCGAACAAGCUGGAGCUGAAAUUCUGUCCCUUCUGCUGAGCAGUGGAGCUGAUCCAACUCUGGAGGAUCACACCGGUUUAUCAGCUUUGGUUUAUGCUGUCAAUUCAGGCAACAGUGACGUCCUGAGGGUCCUCCUGGACGCCUGUAAAGCAAAGGGUAAGGAGGUUAUCAUCAUCACCACCAACAAACUGCCAUCAGGCCAUCAGAUGACAAAGCAGUACCUCAAUGUCCCUCCACCUCCUGAUCUUGAGGAGCGAAUGCAUUACACCCCGACAUCCUCUUGCAUGUGGCCAUUUGAGUUCCAGCUACGAACUCCUCCACAGGGCUCCUCAGCAAGUGUUUCUCCCCAGCCUGGCAGUCCCCUUCUUGGCCUCAGGGAUCCCCAGUGUUUAUGCUCAGGGCCUGGUUUAAUCACAUCUCGCCCAAGCUCUCCAAACCAUCAUCCUAGUCCUUUACGCAUUCCUGGGGUGGAUAAACGACUUAACCUCCAGAGGUUACAGUCCGAGCAGUGGUCCAAAAGUUCCUCCCUGUUGCUCCAGCAAAGCCAGGCCUCCUCUUUAACUGAGGAGCCAGCAGAAAUCACACCUGAGGAGGAGUUGUCCUUUAGAGUGAACGGCCUUGCAUUCCAUGGAAGACCUCCAGCUGUCUCACGCCACCACAGCAUCGAUGUCAAAGACUCAUCAGGACUUCUCAGAGCACUGGAAAACAUUUCAGGAAAUGAGACUAGGGCAGGAUGUGGAAAAAGAGUCUUUGGCAGAAAGAUGUCAUAUGACAGUGCUGCAAGUUCACCACAUUCUGCUUCCCACCCAAACUUGCUCCAAGACAUUCAGCAGAAUGUUUUCCGUCUGAGGAACAUCGGCAUUGACCACUACAGCUCAGACUCUCAGUUACCACAGUUUGGCAGCCAAGAUAAUAGCUCCAAAAAUAUUGCAGGGAAUGGAACAGGAACAGAAAAGUCCAAACUGGUCAACAGUGUAUCGUCUACUCUGUCAGGAUCUAGGGAAUCAUUGGAGAGCUUUGUCCCCAAAAGAGGAGCAGCAGGGCUGGAGCGAAGAGGGUCAGGAGCCCUUCUUCUGGAUCACAUCGCCCACACUCGCCCUGGAUAUCUCCCUCCUCUCAAUCCCCAUGCUCCUAUACCAGAUAUCGGGGUCACUUCUAGUGCUUCUUACCCUUUGAGUGGCAGCAGCAAGACACUGAAUGCUGUUCAUACAGGGUCAAAGCCUUUUCUACCCUGUGCACCAGGCUUCCCCAGGGAUUCCAAAGUCAAAAAAAUGCUGUGGAGACGCCACUCAAUGCAGAGUGAGCAGAUUCAACAACUGGCCAACUUCAAGGAAACUUUUGGCCAGUAGAAUUAAAUAUUGCAUGUAUUAGGGAAAAAAAUGAUCUCUUACCAAUUUCAUUCAUUGCUGUACUGUGACUACUUCACCAUUGCCGAUACCAGCUCAUGUGCACUUUAAGUCUAAAUAUAGUUGAUGUACUUUUUUGGUCUUCUCUUGACAGACAUUAUUUUUCUCUUAUUUACAAGGAAAAUGUAUA